UGUGUGCUUGGUGCACGACUUAUAGUUCCUGCUUCUUGUAUUUACGUUUGUAUGAAAUUUCGUUGAUUGAAUGAUAUUUAUUAUCUCUCUCUGGACUCUGCUUUGCUGAAUGAUUUCGCUCGGUGGUACGCAAGGAGGGCAUUUGAGUCGAGAUUUUAAGAAUUAAGCAAUUUAUGUUACACCUUGGAUAGAAGGAGACGGAAGAAGUGGUUCGAGAACUAAGGUGGAUGAUGGCAAAGAAUGAUAGGUUGACAGGAGGGUACUCCACUGGUUUUGCUCCUAAUUAUGAGUCAGAAGGGUCUGGUAGCUCAGGACGACUUGACACGGAGAUUACUGCUUCAGAGGAUUCUAGUGCUCCGAGGAGGAAAUGCAUUAAUUUGAAUUCUGCUGCUUGUGAUGGUUUUAGUGCCCCAUUACAGGUCCUCCCUUUAUCAAAAAUGUGUACUUCUGAGAGGAAGGACUUAGUACUAAGAUUGAGAGCCGAACUUGAACAGAUUCGUAUCCUCCAGAAGAGAGUUGAAAAACAGAGAACUAAUGUGGUUACGUUAUCAUCAUCUAGUGAUAUUCUUAGUUGUAGCAAUGUACAAAAUGGACCUCCAGUGGAGAACUUCAAGAAAUCAUCAGGAUUGAAAUCUGAACUAGGGAGGAAAGUAAACCCUGAAGCCCAGAAGGCGCGUGGCUGGAAUCGUGGUACUUCAGGAAGGUUCGAGUGUGCGAAAGAAGCAUCAAUGCCAAGCACUUUCAAUACAGUUUUUAUGAAACAGUGUGAGGCGUUAUUAAAAAAAUUAAUGCAACAUCAGUAUGGUUGGGUUUUUAACACUCCUGUUGAUGUAGUAAAGUUGAACAUUCCUGAUUAUUACACUGUUAUCAAGCACCCAAUGGAUUUGGGGACAAUAAAGAGCAAGAUUACUUCAAGUGAGUACUCAAGUGUGUUGGACUUUGUUGCAGAUGUCAGACUAACUUUCUCCAAUGCCAUGACCUACAAUCCACCUGCAAAUCAUGUCCACAUCAUGGCUGAUACACUUCGUAAAUUUUUUGAAUUAAGAUGGAAAGUUAUUGAGAAGAAAUUUCUUAAGGAUUCUCGGCCGUUACAGGAAAAAUCAGGCAUACAUGAAGAAAAGGAGACAGUUAAAUCAAUGCCUUCAUCAAAAAAGAGAAAAAUCACUUCAAUGGAUCAUAAAGUUAUUCCAGACCCUGCUAGCCGGAUAAUGACAGAUGAGGAGAAACAUAAUUUAAGCAGGGAAUUGGAGGCUUUGCUGGGGGAGUUGCCAGACAAUAUUGUUGAAUUUUUGAGAGAACAGAGUUCAAAUGGAAGGGAAACUGGAGAGGAUGAGAUUGAAAUUGAUAUUGAUGAUCUCAGUGAUGAUACCUUGUUCAAGUUACGGAAGUUACUAGAUGAUUAUUUACAGGAGAAACAGAAGAAACAUGCAAGAGCUGAACCUUGUGAAAUAGAGCUACUAAACGAAUCAGGAAUUAGCAAUUCAUCCAUGCAAUUGUGCGAAGGGAAUGAUCCAAUCGAUGAAGAUGUUGAUAUUGGGGGGAAUGAACCUCCUAUCUCAAGCUAUCCUCCAGUAGAGAUAGAAAAAGAUAAAGGUCGUAGAAGCAACAAAUGUAUCAGAUCAGGCAGCUCUAGUGAUUCAGACUCUAGCAGUUCUGAAAAUGAAUCUGAUGGUGCCAAAGCUUCUACUCUAGCAAAGCCACCAAAGGAAAAUUCAGGUCCUGAAGCAGAUUUAGAUGAAAUGACAGGUGUUGUUGACUUGCUUGAUGGAAAUCAAUCUGUUAGUGGACUGGAUCAACUUGAACAAAUCUCCCAGAAGCCAAACUCUAUUGAGUCAGAUUGCCAUCAGGAUGGGGAGAGUGCUCUAAAUGAGAGGCAAGUUUCACCUGAGAAGCGCUACAGGGCUGCUGUUUUGAAAAACCGAUUUGCUGAUACCAUAUUGAAAGCUCGAGAAAAGACACUCAACCAGGGUGAAAAGGGGGAUCCUGAGAAACUACGCCGUGAGAAGGAGGAACUUGAGAUGCAGAAAAGGAAAGAGAAGGCUCGAUUGCAAGCUGAAGCCAAGGCUGCUGAAGAUGCUCGAAGGCGAGCUGAAGCAGAAGCAGCAGCUGAAGCCAGACGGAAGAGGGAGCUCGAGAGAGAAGCAGCUAGGCAGGCACUGCAAAAGAUGGAAAAGACAGUUGAAAUUAAUGAGAAUUCUAGGUUUCUUGAAGACUUAGAGAUGUUAAGGACCGCCCCUCCCGAACAAUUGCCAAGCUCUGUAGAUGAGACGAGCCCAGAUCACUCACAAGAUGGGUUGGGCAGUUUCAAGUUUGGGGGCAGUAAUCCUUUGGAACAACUUGGAUUGUACAUAAAAGUGGAUGAGGAGGAGGAAGAAGGUGAGCCACCCAGUGUUCUGAAAAUUGUUGAUGAUGUAGAGGAAGGAGAAAUUGAUUGACUCUGUUGAACGAUGGAGCUACAAUAUAGAAUACAAUCCAGAAAUGUUUGUCCUGCCAUGGUUGCUUAUUUAAUGUUAUAUGGGCAAAAGAGAGUGCAUUUCUCUUGUUUGCGUUAGCAAUGAACUAUUAAUUGCAAUUUCAAUGGAGUGGCUCAAGCAUUGCUAUCAGUUAUGGGUUUGGAUGACGGUCUGAUGGAUUAAAUUUCUGGAUUUGAGCGAACAAUGGCUUAGAAUGUUGGAAUUUUGUUGUUUAUGUUGAAGCUUCUCUACAACAGCAGCAAACAUGUGCUGCUACAUACAGAUUUUUCGUAGAGAUGGAGAAGAAAACUGAAUUGGAAAAUGGUCAGGAAUUUCUUAACCUUAUUGUGUUUAGUGGUGUACCAUGGUAAUGCAUGAUACAAGUGGGGAAGGAAAAUUUAGCUUGAAAAGGGGUUAUGGUUGUCAUUGACUUGGAGUGAGGUACAUGGUAAUAUGGUAUUUUCUUGAAUAAUUAAUCUAGUGUCUUUCUAUUAUAUAUAUAGUUACAGAAUUACUAGUAUUUUUAUUACAAUCAUACAAUUUCUGCUGCAGCUUUUUUUUGGGUUGUUUGGUGCAGAGCUUAAGAAACUGCUUAUAAUUUCUUUA